AUGAAAAUUAUUAUUUUCUUAGCUCUCUUUAUAGGAAUAACUUAUACGCUUAACUUAAAUCCUGUCAUAGGAAUAUUAACAAUUCCUUCUGAUGAAGAUUAUACAGAGUACCCAGCCUCAAAGUAUUCAUACUUCGCUGCUUCAUACGUAAAGUAUGUAGAAUCAUCUGGUGCAAGAGUUCUGCCUAUACCUUACGAAGCAGAUGAAGCAACUCUGGAUAGAUACUUUUCAUAGAUUAAUGGGUUAUUACUAACUGGAGGCACCUUAGCUUUAGAAACAGAGUCAGGGCCAUCCAAGUAUUUAUAAACAGUGACAUACUUAUUAAAUAAAGUUGUAAAAGCAAAUUAGUAAGGUGACAUUUUCCCAUUGUUUGCGAUAUGUUUAGGACAUUAAACCUUACAUUUUAUUCUAUCUAAUAAAGAUUAUGAUAUAUUAAGUCCUACUUUUGGAAUGAUAAGAGUGAAUAAGAAAUUAACAUUUACUGAUAAAAGCAGUACAAUGUUAUUGGAUUUAAAAGCACCAAUUUUAAAAUAAAUCGAGAUAGAUAAUUAAAUUUAUUUCAACACUAAUUGGGGAGUGAAUCCUUCUUAUUAUUAAACUCAUUCAGAAUUGGACAAUUUCUUUAAAUCUGUAGCUUUGUUCUCAGAUGCAAAAGGGACAGUUUAUAUUGCUGCAUCAGAAGGCAGAAAAUAUCCAAUUUUUUCAAUAGCUUUUCAUCCUGAAAAACCAAUUUUUGAAUUCAAGACUCUCUCUUAACACUAAUUUGAAUCUGUAUAAUUUGGAAGAAAUUUAAUCAAUCAAUUUACUUAAAUUGCUAGAGAGAACAAUCAUAGUUUGAAAGACUCAAAUUCAGUCAUAUUUAAAUAUAAUCCUAUUUAAUUAGAGAGUGCUUCAUUCGCUUAAAUUUAUUUCUUUAAAUUGGGUGAGCUGAAUAUUUGAAUGAAUAAUUAUGCAUAAAUAAAAUAUGUUGAUAUUUUAA